AUGACUAACAAUUCUGGAAGAAUGAUCGCAUUUUCGCUUCUGGUUUUUGCUUCUUGUAUGAAGCCCUCCCAAAUUUUCUUGUUGGAAAUCAAGGAGGAAGAUUCCAUUUCAUCGAAUGAUUUGAUUUACAGUGAGAGAAAAACCCUUCCGGCAAAGGCCAACAAAUCCCAAUCCUCUUCAAAAGCAUAUCCAUUCACCUUUAAAGGACGAUACGUAACCCUAACAACCAUAAUUAGAGUCUUUUGCAACCCUGGGUACCUAUUACCUGAUUGUGCUAAGCAUUGUGUGUCCCGGAACGACAGCAAAGGCCACUAUCGUUGUGAUUAUAAAAAAGGUGAGAAAAAAUGUCUCCCUGGUUGGUUCGGUGACGAUAAAAAUUGCACAAAAUUUUGUUUACCGAAAAGUGAUGAUGAACAGGGGCACUAUAACUGCUCUGAAACAGGAGGAAAACUGUGCUUGAAAAAUUGGUAUGGUAAAAAUUGUUCGGUUUAUUGCAAAGGAAACAGCAACCAGAACGUCUAUUGUGAUGAAAAAAGCGGAGGAAGGAUCUGUAGUGCAAAUUGGUUUGGAAAUAACUGCACAACGUUCUGUAGAAGUCAAAAUGAUUCCACUGGUAGUUUUCAUUGCAAUAAGACAUCCGGAAUAAAAAUUUGCGAUGCCUACUGGUAUGGAACGAAUUGUACGGAUUAUUGCAAAGAAAAAAACGAUACGAAUGGGCAUUAUUCUUGCCAAAAAGAGAGCGGCUUGAAAAUUUGUUACUCAGGAUGGUAUGGAUUGAAUUGCUCCGUAUUUUGCAAGGAACAAAAUACUUCAAAUGGAGCUUAUUAUUGUAAUCAAUCCACUGGUUUGAAGAUUUGUCAUCGAGAUUGGUAUGGAUUAAAUUGCUCCGUACUUUGCCAGGUGCAAAAUAAUUCAAAUGGACAUUAUUAUUGUAAUGAAUCAUCUGGGACCAAAAUUUGUCAUCAUUGGUAUGGAUUGAAUUGCUCCGUAUUUUGCCAGGAACAAAAUACUUUAAAUGGACAUUAUUAUUGUAAUCGAUCCACUGGGUUGAAGAUUUGUCAUCGACAUUGGUAUGGAUUGAAUUGCUCCGUAUUUUGCAAGGAACAAAAUAAUUCAAAUAGACAUUAUUAUUGUAAUCAAUCCACUGGGUUGAAGAUUUGUCAUCGAUAUUAUUAUGGAUUGAAUUGCUCCGUAUUUUGCAAGGAACAAAUUAAUUCAAAUGGACAUUAUUAUUGUAAUCAAUCCACUGGGUUGAAGAUUUGUCAUCAACAUUGGUAUAGAUUGAAUUGCUCCGUAUUUUGCAAAGAACAAAAUAAUUCAAAUGGACAUUAUUAUUGUAAUCAAUCCGCUGGGUUGAAGAUUUGUCAUGAACAUUGGUAUGGAUGGAAUUGCUCCGUAUUUUGCAAAGAACAAAAUAAUUCAAAUGGACAUUAUAAUUGUAAUCAAUCCACUGGGUUGAAGAUUUGUCAUCCAGAUUAUUAUGGAUUGAAUUGCUCCGUGUUUUGCCAGGAACAAAAUAAUUCAAAUAGACAUUAUUACUGUAAUCAAUCCACUGGGUUGAAGAUUUGUCAUCGAGAUUGGUAUGGAUGGAAUUGCUCCGUAUUUUGCAAAGAACAAAAUAAUUCAAAUAGACACUAUUUUUGUAAUGAAUCAUCAGGGAGCAAAAUUUGUCAUGAACAUUGGUAUGGAUUUAACUGCUCCGUAUUUUGUAAGAGCCAAAAUAGUUCAAAUGGGCAUUAUUAUUGUAAUCAAUCCACUGGAUUGAAGCUUUGUCAUGAACAUUGGUAUGGAUUUAACUGCUCCGUAUUUUGCAAAGAACAAAAUAAUUCUAAUGGACGUUAUUAUUGCAAUCAAUCCACUGGGUUGAAGAUUUGUCAUCGACAUUGGUAUGGAUGGAAUUGCUCCGUAUUUUGCAAAGAACAAAAUAAUUCAAAUGGACACUAUUUUUGUAAUGCAUCAACUGGGAGCAAAAUUUGUCAUAAACAUUGGUAUGGAUUUAACUGCUCCGUAUUUUGUAAGAGCCAAAAUAUUUUAAAUGGAAAUUAUUAUUGUAAUCAAUCCACUGGAUUGAAGCUUUGUCAUCAACAUUGGUAUGGAUUUAACUGCUCCGUAUUUUGCAAAGAACAAAAUAAUUCAAAUGGACGUUAUUAUUGUAAUCAAUCCACCGGGUUGAAGAUUUGUCAUCGACAUUGGUAUGGAUUGAAUUGCUCCGUAUUUUGCCAGGAACAAAAUAAUUCAAAUGGAAAUUAUUAUUGUAAUCAAUCCACUGGGUUGAAGAUAUGUCAUAGAGAUUGGUAUGGAUUGAAUUGCUCCGUGUUUUGCCAGGAACAAAAUAAUUCAAAUGGACAUUAUUAUUGUAAUCAAUCCACUGGGUUGAAGAUUUGUCAUCGAGAUUGGUAUGGAUGGAAUUGCUCCGUAUUUUGCAAAGAACAAAAUAAUUCAAAUAGACACUAUUUUUGUAAUGAAUCAUCAGGGAGCAAAAUUUGUCAUGAACAUUGGUAUGGAUUUAACUGCUCCGUAUUUUGUAAGAGCCAAAAUAGCUCAAAUGGGCAUUAUUAUUGUAAUCAAUCCACUGGAUUGAAGCUUUGUCAUCAACAUUGGUAUGGAUUUAACUGCUCCGUAUUUUGCAAAGAACAAAAUAAUUCUAAUGGACGUUAUUAUUGCAAUCAAUCCACUGGGUUGAAGAUUUGUCAUCGACAUUGGUAUGGAUGGAAUUGCUCCGUAUUUUGCAAAGAACAAAAUAAUUCAAAUGGACACUAUUUUUGUAAUGCAUCAACUGGGAGCAAAAUUUGUCAUAAACAUUGGUAUGGAUUUAACUGCUCCGUAUUUUGUAAGAGCCAAAAUAUUUUAAAUGGAAAUUAUUAUUGUAAUCAAUCCACUGGAUUGAAGCUUUGUCAUCAACAUUGGUAUGGAUUUAACUGCUCCGUAUUUUGCAAAGAACAAAAUAAUUCAAAUGGACGUUAUUAUUGUAAUCAAUCCACCGGGUUGAAGAUUUGUCAUCGACAUUGGUAUGGAUUGAAUUGCUCCGUAUUUUGCCAGGAACAAAAUAAUUCAAAUGGAAAUUAUUAUUGUAAUCAAUCCACUGGGUUGAAGAUAUGUCAUCGAGAUUGGUAUGGAUUGAAUUGCUCCGUAUUUUGCAAGGAACAAAAUAAUUCAAAUGGACGUUAUUAUUGUAAUCAAUCCACUGGGUUGAAGAUUUGUCAUCGACAUUGGUAUGGAUUGAAUUGCUCCGUAUUUUGUAAGAGCCAAAAUAAUUCAAAUGGACAUUAUUAUUGCAAUCAAUCCACUGGGUUGAAGAUUUGUCAUCCACAUUGGUAUGGAUGGAAUUGCUCCGUAUUUUGCAAAGAACAAAAUAAUUCAAAUAGACACUAUUUUUGUAAUGCAUCAACUGGGAGCAAAAUUUGUUAUAAACAUUGGUAUGGAUUUAACUGCUCCGUAUUUUGUAAGAGCCAAAAUAUUUUAAAUGGUAAUUAUUAUUGUAAUCAAUCCACUGGAUUGAAGCUUUGUCAUCAACAUUGGUAUGGAUUUAACUGCUCCGUAUUUUGCAAAGAACAAAAUAAUUCAAAUGGACGUUAUUAUUGUUAUCAAUCCACUGGGUUGAAGAUUUGUCAUCGACAUUGGUAUGGAUUGAAUUGCUCCGUAUUUUGCCAGGAACAAAAUACUUUUAAUGGACAUUAUUAUUGUAAUCAAUCCACUGGGUUGAAGAUUUGUCAUCGACAUUGGUAUGGAUUGAAUUGCUCCGUACCUUGCAAGGAGCAAAAUAUUUCAAAUGGACAUUAUUAUUGUAAUCAGUCCACUGGGUUGAAGAUAUGUCAUCGAGAUUGGUAUGGAUGGAAUUGCUCCGUAUUUUGCAAGGAACAAAAUAAUUCAAAUGGACGUUAUUAUUGUAAUCAAUCCACUGGGUUGAAGAUUUGUCAUCGACAUUAUUAUGGAUUGAAUUGCUCUGUAUUUUGCAAGAAACAAAUUAAUUCAAAUGGACAUUAUUAUUGUAAUCAAUCCACUGGGUUGAAGAUUUGUGAUCGACAUUGGUAUGGAUUGGAUUGCUCCGUAUUUUGCCGGGAACAAAAUAAUCAGCAUUUCGUUUGCAAUGAAACAGCAGGAGAGAAGAUUUGUGAUCAACAUUGGUAUGGAGCUAACUGCACAACUUACUGUAACGCGAAGGCCAAUGAGUCAAAACAAUACAUUUGCAAUAACAAUACUGGUUCAAAAAUUUGCAAAGAAAACUGGUAUGGCGCAAAUUGCACAGUGUUUUGUAAGGAACAAAAGAAUGCCAGUGGAUACUAUUAUUGCCAUAAGCAAAAAGGUCUAAAGAUUUGCUAUACAAAUUGGCACGGUCCAAAUUGUUCGAUAUUUUGCCAAGUUCAAAAUAAUUCGAAUGGACACUAUUUUUGCAAUAGGACUUCCGGGCAGAAAUUUUGUCACCGCCAUUGGUAUGGUGGAAACUGUGAUAGAUACUGCAGAGAAACAGGUCGUUAUCUUUGUAAUAGGACAACUGGUACUAGAACAUGUCUCCCUAAUUGGUUUGGACCAGACUGUGAAGUCUUUUGCGUGGAAAAAAAGGAUCAUACCAAAACAUACCUUUGUGAUAAGGAGACAGGGAGAAAAGUUUGUCUUCCUGACUGGUUUGGACCAAAUUGCACAUUAUUUUGUGAAGAUACGGACGAUAAUUCGGGUCAUUAUUCUUGUGAUGAAAAAUCUGGCUUGAAGAUUUGCCACUCGCGUUGGUAUGGAGAUAAUUGCGAACAUUUCUGCUCUAAGAAUAAAGUUCUCGUUGGAAUGUCAUGCAGGAAUGAAGGAAUUAAUAUUAAUCCAGUGUGGUUUAUCAUCGGAGGCGCGAUCUUGUUGAUUUCAAUUUUGAUUUGUAUAAUCAGGCAACGAAAGAAAUCAGCGAUCAAGACGCAUCAUCGUACUCUCAGGAGGCAAGACACAAACAGCCCCCUGACAAUGGAAAACUUUGCAAUUGACUACGAGGACGCGAACGAAUCACGUGACGAUAACAGCCACGAUGCGACGAAUACUCAAGCUGAAGAGGCCUUAGUUUUUGAGAAUCCCUUGUUUCAAGAACUGAAAACCUCAGAAAUGUAAAACGUAUGAAAGACGUUUUGUCCAACAGAUAAGUAAAACCAAUAUGCAUUUGAAGAUUCUAUUUACUGUGAUAUACUUGACUGGCUUAUUUGACCUGUAAAGAUUUUCUUAUGGUAAAAAAAGAAAUAACCAAUUCGUAAAUGAUUAAAAUUUGUUUAGC